ACCCCAUCCCCAUCCUGCAACAGUUGAGAGUUGAGUUGGGCUGCCGCUGCGAACGCGAGGCAGGCAGGAGUGCCGCGCCGUGUGCUGUGUAGUGUGUCGGUGUCCGCCAUUGGACCUCAGUUUGUCAGCAGAACAGUCGCAAACUCUAUUUGUAAGGGCUCCACAAUGGACAAUCAUUUUACGUAUGGUCCUCGCCGAGGCCCGUGUGUGGUCUGUGGCCAUUCUGGUACUGCAUGCGCGCGCUGCCGGGUCGCCUUCUACUGUGGCAAGGAGCACCAGAAACAGCAUUGGAAAGUGCACAAGACGACCUGCGGGUGCGUCGAGGUACGUUCCGACGAGCGUGUAGGCCGACACAUCGUGGCCGUUAAGGACAUCCCGAUGCGCACUGUCCUCAUGAGGGAGCUGCCGCUGGUCGUCUUCCCUAGAGCACCUAGAGCCACAGCGAAUCCGCUUGAACCAGAGGAGGUGUGCGUCGCCUGCUGUUUGAAGGUCAAUGAAACUGUCCCAUGCGGCCAUUGCGGGGCACCCCUUUGCAAACGUAGCUGCCCCAAUCUUGAUCGCCACAACAUCGAAUGCGCUGCUUUAAAACCUUUAGAACAUUCACCAAGGAGAUUUAUGAGAGAAGCAACCCUCAAGUUUGGUGAUAUGCUCUUUCCUACAGGUCUUAGGAUGGAUGCGGCUAUCUUAAAAGAUUUAUUCCCUCAUCUCGAUCCAUUCGCGGAGCUGCAUGGACUCGUCGCGGUUAGGAUUUGGAAGGCGUUUGAGCAGGAACACGGGCCCCGUCUCCUAAAUCUGCAGCAUGAGAUAGCGAUGCCAUCAUCUGAAAAUGGAACGGUCGACGCUGCGAAGCUGAAAAGUGCUUACGAAAACUUUUUGACAUCGGUCUCAGUACCUGCAGAUGUGGCAUUAAGUUUGUUGGCGUGCAAAGGGUCUGAGACCCGGAAAGGGUUGGAAAGAGCCUGCGGGGCUUGUCUUAUAAACAGCUUUGUCUUUAAGAAAGAAAAGUACAGCGGAGCUGCCUUGUACUCGGGUCUCUCUCUGCUGGAGCAUUCGUGUCUGCCCAAUGCACGCGUUCUUCCUGACGGUGAUUCAGAGGAAGUACUCCUGAUUGCCGCGAGGGACAUCGCUGCCGGCGAGCACGUGACUAUUAACUACGACUACGAGAAACUAUUGCCCACCCGGUCCGAGCGCUGGCUUAAAAACGCUUUCUUGGGCUUCGUGUGCCGCUGCGAGUUGUGCGAGGAUCCCACGGAUAGGGGGACUCACCUCAACGCCUGGUACUGCACAACCUGCAAAAGUAAGUAA